AAACAAAAAAAGAAAAGAAAAGAGAGAAGAUGGAUUUGGUUCAGAUGCAGAAGAGUUUGCAAGAUUACACCAAAUCACUCUUCUUGGAAGGGAUUUUGGACAGCCAGUUCUUGCAGCUGCAGCAACUACAAGAUGAAAGCAAUCCAGAUUUUGUUUCACAAGUUGUCACACUCUUCUUCCAAGACUCUGAUAGGAUUCUCAAUGAUCUCUCACUUUCCCUAGAUCAACAAGUUGUAGACUUCAAAAAAGUUGAUCCCCAUGUUCAUCAACUCAAAGGUAGCAGCUCCAGUAUAGGAGCACAGAGAGUUAAGAAUGCUUGUGUUGUCUUCCGCAGCUUCUGCGAGCAACAAAAUGUCGAAGCAUGUCAUAGAUGUUUGCAACAAGUGAAGCAAGAGUACUAUCUUGUGAAGAACAGAUUAGAGACUCUGUUCAAGCUGGAGCAGCAGAUUGUAGCUUCUGGUGGAAUGAUCCCGCCAGUGGAACUCGGAUUUUGAGUGAACUUCAUAAACAUCUCUGUCCAUUGUUGUUUCAAUUUAGAUCUCUCUUCUUCUUCUCUUUUUGUUACUAUCCAAAAAAGGUUCUUAUGUGAACUUCUUUCUUUGUGCCAUUGGAAGAGUGAGACAUGCUAAAACGUUUCUUAAUCCACACCUAAAUCCCACUUAUGUAUAAUAAGAUUUCAAGCAUAAUAUAGUCAUGUCUAUAUU